AUGCAGAUCAUGGUUUGUUUGGCAUCCGUGUAUGGAGCGUGGACUAUCAGAGACAGAAAAUGGUAUUUUGAGGUUGAUAAAACGAGAGGAGGUAGAAUGUUCUACCUGCAGGAUGAUUGUAAACAUGAAGAGCUGGUUGAAAUGGUUGUGAACGACUACAUGUUGCAAGUUAAUGGCGAGCUGCUGGAGUUGUCAUAUCCAUUACCAGCUGCUAUGAUGGAGAAAUUGCCAACGGAUUCACCUCCUAUGUAUGUGACGAACGACAGACAAGUUGGGAGCUUGGUGGAGUUAUGUAAGGAGCAUGUGGUCCGUCUUUGCGUCUCGACCCGCGUUGGUAUGGGAAGGAACUACAACGAACCAAUACAUGAGUGUGUCCAAGAAGAAAAGUCUGAAGAGGUGGAUAAAGAAGACGUGGAAGAAGAAUUCGGUGAUGAAGGCUGGGAUGAUAACGAGUCUGAUGAUGUAAACUGGAAUGACAAAGCAUGGGAUGUAAAUUCAGAAGAUGAAUCUGAUGAUACUCAUGACAAUGAUAGUGCUGAUGAUGUCGACAACCCCGACGAUAUCGAUGCAGAUUAUAGUAAGUAUGGCAAGGUGAAAGAUGAGGAAGAGGGUGAAGAGAGUUUGUCUUUCCGUGAAAGGCUCCGUAGAGGUUUCUUUCCGUGA